UGUAGCAAACGACAUCGUGUGCCACGUUGCCAUCUUCCUUGCGUAUGUGGCGUCAAAACUCUCCCCCAUCCUUUCCUUCCUUCUUUCCUUUUCCCUCCUUUUCUUCCAGAGCCUAUAUUCCUCCAGAUUCCCAAUCUCUCUCCCUCUCUCUCUCUCUCUCUCUCUCUCUCUCCUAUAGAAUCUUUUCCGUCCUCUCUGUCCAAUGGCGGAAACCUCUGCCCUCUGUUGCUCGCGCUUCUCUUCAAUCCCUUCCAUUUCUUGUUCCUGGGAUUCCAAUUCCUUCCUCUCCACUUCACCUCCCUCUUUUCCCUCUCCUUGUUCUAACUUCUCUUUUUCCCUUUCUCGCUCUUCUCGCUCCUUUCGCUUUACCUCCAAGGCUUCUGAUUCCGGUAACUUCCUCGGCGACGAUUCUCUCGGUUCCUUCCCCUGGUCCGACGGUGUUAAUGCUAUUGAAUGGAUUCAGGAGGAUAAAGUCACGCUGUUCACUGCUGAUGGGCUUGUUCAAAUUGGAGGCUCUUUGGUUCCUCGGCAAGUCAGUUCUUCAGAUAAGAAGCAAGGUAGGUCAAAAACUUCUCAGAGAUUUCAACGAUUUCAAGAGAGUGAUUAUAUGGACCCAAAUCAGGGCUUAUGUUUGGGAGCACUGUUUGAUAUUGCAGCAACAAAUGGACUUGAUAUGGGCAGAAGGCUCUGUAUCUUUGGGUUUUGUCGUUCAGUUGAGAUGCUAAGUGAUAUUGUCGAAGACACUGUUUUGGAGCAUGGUGGGGAGCUUGACAACAUUUAUGUGUGAGUUCCUCAAGCAACAGAACUUUCCUUCCAUGCUUAUCAAUGUUUUUCAGUUUCAAAAUGUUUCUAUUGUGUGAAUGAGAGGUGAGUAUUUUCUUUUAGAUGAUUCCUCCUCGAUCUUGCUCUACCUUUCCAAGUGGUUAUGCAUUUGGCAUUUGUGCUUUUAUAGCAUACAUGUUAUCUGGCAGUCUGUUUGUGUGGAUUACCCAUAAGCUAAGGAUGAGUGAGUCUUCAUUUUUCAGGUUGUUGCUGCAGAGAAGGCAAUCAAAGGUGGUUUGCAUGAAAAGCUAACAAUGACAGUGGCAGUACCAUAUCUUUGGGGGGUUCCUCCUGCUUCAGAAACACUUCGCCUUGCAGUUCGGAGUGGUGGAGGGAUUGUGGAGAAAGUUUAUUGGCAAUGGGAUUUUUUGUAAAUGAAUUGUCAAAUCGUCCUAACCAUCAUUUGUGCAUUGUGUACAUAUAAUGAUCCUGUUCCCAUGUACAAAA